AUGGACGACUCCUGUGCAUCACGUCUUUCAGAGUUGCAAAACCGUGAAAACCCCGAAUUUCAAAACACCCCUGGCAAGAGCUCUAGUGAGGGGCCCCCUUCACCUCCCUCAGAGUGCCGCCUCACCGGAAAGGUGUCUCCCAGGGGGCCCCCGAAUAGCCCUGAUGGUGUUCCGCUGCGCGUUAUUGAGUUUUUUAGUGGAAUUGGCGGCCUGCGCUUGGGUUUAGAAGCGGCCUUGCGAACUUUAACUCAGGGGGAUUCAAGCCUCCAUCCCGUGGAGUUUGUAGCUGCCUACGAUAUAAGCACGACUGCGAAUGCAGUCUACGCGCACAAUUUUUCAGCGUUGCCAAAGUGCGUGUCAGUAGAGCAUUUGGCGCUGCAGCAAGUGGAUGGCAAGGCAGAUCUUUGGUUGCUUUCCCCGCCUUGUCAGCCGUAUACUCGAGGAGGCAAGGGCUUGGAUUCGAGAGAUGGGAGGGCGGUGGGCCUGUUGCACUUGUUGCAGCUGCUGCGGCAGUGUACCUCGCCUCCCCGAUUUCUCUUCCUGGAGAAUGUGCCGGGGUUUGAGAGCUCAGUGUGCUGCGCUGAGCUCCAACAGACUCUAGCAAUGCAGCAUUACACUUUGGAGCAGUUCCUUCUCUCCCCCACACAGAUUGGCUUUCCCAACACACGAGUCCGAUUCUACUGCCUCGCAAGGAGGGGAGCAGCGCCGCUUUCAGAGCCUAUGCAGCAGGAUUUCAUGGAGCCGUCGAGGCAGCCAGAGUGGAGACAGCGCGAAGGGCCUUUAGCAACUGAGUAUACUGCUGAUUUUGGACCGGUAGGGGCCUUGCCUUUCGUAAGUCUGGAAGUGCCGCCCAUAGCAAACGGGGCCCCUCGCUCUUCUUUAGCGCUCCCCAUCAAAGAGUUCCUCGAGGAAGAUAUCCCAGAAGACGAGAAACCGCAACUUGAAGUGCCUCCCUGGAGACUUGCAAGGUUCAGGGAACCGACGGACGGAGAAGAGAGUUCGGGGACAGAAGCAGCACGACAGGAAAACGCGGGAAAAGACGACGGCAAGGGGGGUCCCCAGAAAGUCGAGAACGCUGUCGACAGGAAGGCGUAUUCAGACGCAGCAGACAAAUCUUUUCAGGCGAAGCGAGAGGCUCAAACGGAAGCGAGAAAUGGAGAAGAGCAGGACCAGGGACGCAAUGGAUUUCGACUGGAGCUAGUCACUCCCAGCUGCACUGUGUGCGGGACGUUUACAAAAGGCUACGGGCAAAACCUCCAUAGGGGGGGGCCUCUACUUCUUAUUCGGAGUCACCUUCAGCAGUCUGCAGAUGCAGACGCCGCAGCAGCGGAAAUGUCAACGCCAGCAGCACCCACCACUGCAGCCUCCUCAGUUGCAGCAGCAGCAGCAUCAACACCACCCACGGGAGAAGCAGUGGCAACAGAUUUAUCCGCAUCCACUCCAAAUUCAACCCGUUUCCGCCGGCUGCUCCCUGAAGACUCCGUGCGAUUCUUUUCUAGCCGCGAACUGCUGCGCCUGCACGGUUUCCCAGAGACCUUCGGGUUCCCCAAAGUGCUUUCCUUCAGGAAGCGGGCAGCCCUCGUUGGAAACUCCGUUAAUGUCGAAGUCGUAGCGGUUCUGCUGCAGCACUUGCUGCAACAU